AAGCACUGCUGGUUUAGAUGAGUGCGUAUACACGUAUAUGUCUUGAGUUAGUCACCUUUUAUUUGGGAAAAGGCAAAUUUCCAUGGACUACUGUUUUCUCUGACAGUAAUUACUUUCCAAAUGCUGGUUCCAUUUCUGCAAAGUUUCGUAUACCAAAGAAGAAAACAAACACCGAAUCAGAGGCUGUCCAAGUUCAGUCCCCUUUGGCAAGGCUCCCAGGCUCCCACCAUUGGGACUACCCUUUAAAAGAGUGGAGAUUAAGUGCCAACUACAGAAAGCCUUCCACAAAAGGAAGAAGGCAAAAGGACCGUGACAGACACAGCUCUAAUGAGGAAGAAUCAGUUGGGCAACCCAAAGUUAUCUUGACGAAUGUCCUGAGGACGAAACUAGGAAGAAAGUACACACAGGCGCAACCUAAAACUGAUGCUAAUUUUUCUGAUGCUGGCAAGCUGCAGUCAGAUUUACCACCCUCAUCAUCUACUGCCAGCCUAAAGAUAUGGCAGAUUUUAAACCCUACUCUCCAAAGUCUUUUACUGUCUAAAAGGCAACCCAAAGUUAUCUUGACGAACAUCCUGAGGACGAAAAUUGGAAGGAAGUACAUAGACAACCACGUAACAAUUGAUGCAAAUUUACCAGCUGCUGAUAAAUUGCAAUCGGGUCAACUACCCUCAUCAUCUGUUGCCAGCCUGCAGACAUGUCAGAUAUUAAGUUCUCCUCAUGAAAGUUCUUUUCUGUCUGAAAGGUCUGAACGUUGCCUGAGAAAGACAGAUGAUGAGCUGUGUAAAUUGACCAAGUCCUCUAAGGAACCAGGAAAAACUAAUGCUGUCACGUUAAGGAGACGGGAGCUGCAAAAGAAAGAUGCAGAAAACAAGCACUAUGAUGAACUGGAGAAAAGGGGCAGACAGAUGAACAGCACUACUCUUAGUCAGAAGGACUCGGGCUCUUUUGCUUCUGAGAAAAGGAAAAGAAGACAUAGUGGCCAUAUUUCUGAUGAUUGUAAUGCACACAUUCCAGAAAAAUCACUUGUACUCUCUGAAAAGCAAAGUUUGAGUUCAACUCCUGGCUGCAGAACACCCUGUGAGGACAGACAAGGUGACAGAUCUAAUACCGUUCUGGUGCUGGAUUGUAUUCCCCAGCCAUUAGAGAGAGACUGUAAAGACGCUUCCACACACAAGCACUUAAGGCCUGCUCACAGCCGCACAGAAGAGUCUGGCUCAGAGUCUCCUCCCAGAAAUUUGUCAGAGAAACAGCUUUCUGCCACCACUGAGGACGUGAUUUUACCACGAGUUAGUGCAAUCAGGAAAUUGAAAAUGGACCCAUCUCAGUACCUGAGCAAGCUGCGGAACAGAAUCUGCAGGGGUAAUCAGCACCUUGUUUCCGUUGACCCAAUCGUCCUUUCCAGUGAUGAUGAAGAUUCACCUUCUGAACCACAGUGCACAGAGCUGAUGCAGGAUAGUAUCACUGAAAUCAAAGAAACAGACCAACAGUCUGACUUCUCAGCCAAGCAGUUGGAAGACAAGAUGGAAAGCCACACAGAGCAGUUUUUAACAGAGUCAAUUGAAGAUAAAAGUCUGAUCACCUUACCUUCUGAAAGAACACCUAGAAAACAGAUGAACCCACCACUGGAUGUUACAUUUGAUAGUCUAUACAUUGGGAGAUUUAAAUGCUUAUCAAGAGGUCCUGCUAAGUUUACAACAAAGAAUAUUGUGAUCCCACUCCAGGUGGCUCUCAAUAAGAAUGUUAAGCUGACAGUGGAUACUCUGGAACUCAGAAGGUUUGGCGUGUGGAGAAGUGAUGGUGGCUCCUCUUCAACAAUUAUCAUUUUUCUUUGGUUGUCUGUGGAUUAUGCAGAAAACAUGGAAACCCAAUUGGGAAAGUUAGUUAUCAGCAAGCCAUCCAAACCUGGUGAAUUUGUAUUUCUUGAAUUGUCCCAACCACUCACAGAAUGGGAAGAAGACAGACUGACUGAACUGAUUACAGAUGUGAGCAAGAAGAACAGAGCACCAGAUCUCGCUGAGUUUUUGUCUUUGAAGCAAGCAUUUCCCUUGUUUAAGGAUCUUUCUCCUGAAGAAAGCUCUUUUGUGAGUUACCAUAAGGAUCUACUAAAGCAAUAUAUGCCAAAAAAGAAUACCUCAGAUGCUCAUGAACCUGCAGUUCAGGAAUCAAACCUAAAAGUGGUCAGGCCCAGUUAUGCCCUUGCAAAUAAGCAGAAUAGUGGUUGCUAUUCUAUCUCUUUGUCCUCUGCACUGAAUGAAGAAUGGAAAGAAGUAAGAGAAACAGGAGCAGUUAAGAAUUUAAUUGUUUACCCACCCCCACCUGCAAAAGGAGGACUGGGAGUCACAAGAGAAGACCUAGAGUGCUUAGAAUAUGGAGAGUUUCUCAAUGAUGUCAUCAUUGAUUUCUAUCUUAAGUACCUGUUGUUGGAGAAGGCACCAAAACGUCUUGCUGACCGUACACACAUUUUUAGCAGUUUCUUCUAUAAGUGCCUGACCAGGACAGAAAAAACCUCUGAGGGGGAUGUCAAAGUUUCAGUGGCACAGAGAAGACAUAGAAGAGUAAGAACAUGGACUCGUCGUAUAAAUAUCUUCAGUAAAGAUUAUAUCUUUGUGCCUGUGAAUGAGGAGUCUCAUUGGUACAUUGCAGUUAUCUGUUUCCCUUGGUUAGAAGAAGCUGUGUAUGAGGAGUGUCCCCCUCAGAAUUCCUUAUCUCACCAGUCUCCACUUCGGUCAGAGAGUGAGAACACUAGACCUGGUUCAGUGUUCUUCAAGGGUGAAGAAGAAAUGGAUUCUAACAGAAUUUUAUUCUCAAAAGGUGGCAAUGAAAUUGCUGCUGCUGCUUCAGUUCUAGAUUCAGCUAUUUCUAAAAUCUCCCUAAGUAAUUCCAAAAGGCAGAUUUGUAAAAGGCCUUGUAUACUCAUCUUAGAUUCUUUGAAAGCUGGUUCUGUGCAGAAAACAGUUCAGGUUUUGAGAGAGUACCUUGAAAUGGAAUGGGAAGCGAAGCGAAAAACACAUCGGGAAUUCAGUAAAUCAACAAUGAUUGACCUGUGUCCCAGAGUGCCUAAACAAGAUAACAGCAGUGAUUGUGGGGUCUAUUUGCUGCAAUAUGUGGAAAGCUUUUUCCAGAACCCCAUAGUUAACUUUGAAGAGCCACUGCAUCUGGAGGAUUGGUUCCCUCGUCAACUAAUCAGAAGCAAAAGAGAAGAAAUUCGUGACCUGAUCUUGCAACUGCACUUUCAACAGCACAGUGGCAGCAGCAGCUAAUAAAUCUAAUAAGGCAGACCUAGCA